UAUAACGCAUGCACACACUCCUUAAGUGUUUUUUUGAAGAGGUGAAAGAAUGGAGGUUGCAACGUGCAACCCCCUCUAGACACUUCUUUUAAAAUGGCCCGAACAGGAGAGGCAUUGUAAGCGAAAGAAAACAAGAAUCGAGACAAAUGGAAGGUUUAACAACAAAGGAUAAAUUAAUCCCUAAUUCAGCAAUACUGCAGAGUGAGAACUUGACAAAGUAUAUACUGGAGACCAGCGUUUACCCACGAGAGGCAGAGACUCUCAAAGAGUUAAGGAAUGCCACUGCAAGCCACUCUAGGGGCUUCAUGGGCGUUGCACCUGAUGCAGGCCAGCUAAUGGCCUUGCUAUUGAAGCUGUUGAAUGCUAAAAAGACAAUUGAAGUGGGAGUUUUUACUGGAUACUCUCUUCUACUCACAGCACUCGCAAUUUCUCUUGAUGGAAAGAUUAUAGCCAUAGAUCCAGACAAAAAAGCUUAUGAGAUAGGACUACCAUUCAUUAAAAAGGCUGGUGUAGAACACAAGAUCGACUUCAAAGAGUCUCCAGCUUUACCUGUUCUUGAUAAACUCUUAGAAGAUCCUUCGAAUAGGGAAUCUUUUGACUUUGCCUUCGUUGAUGCUGAUAAAGAUAACUAUUGGAAUUACCACGAGCGACUUCUUAAACUGGUAAAGAUUGGUGGGAUAAUCAUCUAUGAUAACACUCUUUGGGGAGGAACUGUUGCAUUGCCCGAAGAGGAUGUUCCAACACCCAAAAGAAGAUUCAGGAAGGCUACACUGGAUUUCAACAAAGCAAUUGCAGAUGAUUCUCGCGUUGAAAUUUCUGCUGUUUCAAUAGGUGAUGGCUUCACUAUCUGCAGGCGUACUCCUUGAACAUCAUCUGCCAAUGUUGUAUUAUGGUUGAAUUAACUAAUGUACUAUGUUUUCGGUUUAGUGGGUGGGGCUUGCUAUAAUUACGUACUAGGAACUUUGUUGUGGGGUAAAUUAAAGUGAAUUAAUGUAUUUUGUUGCGGUAUUUAUUAGGUACUUAGUAUGAAUGAUGUGUACUAGAAUUUGACUUGCCUCAUCAUGAUCUGCAGGGCAUAUGGUGUGACUCUGAUGUAAAACUGGGAGCGUUGCUAUUUACUAUU